AUGGAAACACAUCUCAACUUCUUCCCAUCAUCUCAGGACCAAUUUCAAGACAACCUGCAUACUGCUGGCAAUAUGAUACUCUCCAGUAAGUGGAGAAGUGUGAAUAAGUAUGGACAUCUUGUCCACACAGAAGGUACUUCCUCUGCAGGUGGACAGAGCAUCCACAAAAAUCAGUAUCUCCAAACAUAUCAUUACCAUCUACACUGUAAACUAACAGGACAUGAAUUGAACAGUCUCACCUUCACCAAAACGACUGGAUACAGCUUGGAUGGAAACAUCUUCAUCUUCAUAAUCAUCAUCAUCAUCAUCAUCAUCUUCAUCUUCAUCUUCCUCAUCAUCAUCAUCAUCUUCUUCUGCUUCAUUGGACCUGACCAGCUUGGUGUGGUUGCAUCAGCUCAUACUGCAUUUCGUCGUGCACCUCCUCACCGGGACAAAGGAAAGAAGACACUUUUGACUCAUAUGACUUUAUAUAGCUGGAGCGUGUCAUCAGUUAUAAAGACUGGAUCGUCAUAA